AUGGUCAUGCAGCAGCUCUGGCUACUACCAUGUGGAUGGGACGAUCCAGUGCCAGAAAGCCUACAAGAGAAGUGGAGAAAUUAUUGCCAAGAUUUGCCUAAAAUAUCCGCAUUCCGUGUUCAACGAUACGCCUUUCUGCCAAACUCCAAGGUACAACUGCAUACAUUCACCGAUGCUUCCGAAGCCGCAUACGGGGCAUGCGUUUACGCACGAUGUGCAGAUUCCAAAGGCAACGUCAGAGUUCAGCUACUCGUCUCGAAGUCCAGAGUAGCUCCACUGAAGAAAUCGAACAUUGCUCGUCUCGAAUUAUGUGCUGCAGCGCUCGGCGCUCACCUUUACGACCAUGUCAAACAAGCCCUCGAUCUAGAAAUUGAGGCUUCCCACUUUUGGACGGAUUCUACAGUUACGCUGCAUUGGCUGAAAGCUCCUCCACACAACUGGAAGACGUACGUGGCAAAUAGAGUAGCUGAGGUACAUCAUCACACCCAGGGUUCGCAGUGGCGACAUGUUCCGGGAACCGACAAUCCAGCUGACUUUGUUUCGCGUGGCAUGACUGUCGAUGAAUUACUCCGCUCUGAAUGCUGGAACAACGGACCUAACUGGUUAGCUCUACCUCCGUCAAAGUGGCCUGUAUUCGAUCUACCAGGAGCGCCUGAAGCUGCACUAGAAGCGCGACAAAUCGUAGCCACUGUUGAGAUCAAAAUUGAUAUCAACCCGCUGUUCCUACGCUACGAUUCCUACACCCGUCUGCAGAGCGUUACCGGCUAUUGCUUACGUUAUCUCUCCAACAUCCGAGCCGCUAUUAAAGCAAGAAAGAAUCUACCAUCAUCGCCCAGUCCUCCCUUCAGCAAGUCCUUAACAAUCGACGAACUGCAAAUUGCAAAAAUACGCCUCACUCGUUUAGCACAGGAAGAUGCCUUCAGCGAUGAAAUUCGGGAACUUGAAAAGGGAAAAAAUGUGUCAAGAAAGUCCUCCAUCCGGCUGCUGAAUCCUAUCCUAGACUCCGAGAGAAUAUUGAGGGUUGGAGGUAGACUAAACUUGUCCCAGUUGCCCUAUCACACCAAACACCCUGCCCUGCUCCCUAUCAAUCAUCCCUUCAGUCGCAUAAUUGCCCAAUACUACCACCUUAAGCUCCUUCACGGCGGCGGGCGCCAUUUGCUCGCUACGAUUCGCCAAGAAUUCUGGCCACUGAAUGGCCGCCGAUUGGUGCGAAGCAUUGUACGCAAUUGCUUUCGCUGCACCCGCUUGAAUCCAGAACCAGUACAACAACAAAUAGGCCAACUACCGGCACAGCGAGUAGUUCCAGGAAGACCGUUCGAAGUCACAGGCGUUGAUUAUGCCGGCCCGCUCUAUCUGAAGCCAGCACAUUCCCGAGCACCAGCGCUGAAAGCUUACAUCUGCAUUUUUGUAUGCUUCACAACGAAGGGCGUCCACAUAGAGCUCGCUAGCGAUUUGUCUACCCACACAUUCCUGAAUGCUCUUCGCCGUUUCAUCGCCCGACGCGGCAAGCCUGCCCACCUACACUCCGACAAUGGGAAAAACUUCGAGGGUGCAAAAAAUGAGCUCAUCGAACUGUACCGGAUGCUGAACAACACGAAAGACCGGGACCAAAUCGAGAACGUCUGCGCCUCCGAAGGAAUACAGUGGCACCUUACUCCCCCGAAAGCCCCACACUUCGACGGAUUGUGGGAGGCGGCAGUGAAGGUCGCCAAGAAGCAUUUGUUUCGCCAGCUCGGGCCCACCAAACUAUCGUUCGAGGACAUGGCAACCGUACUGGCAGAAAUCGAAUCCAUAAUGAAUUCACGCCCACUGCUCCCGAUUACUGAUGAUCCAGAAGACCUCGACAUCCUUACGCCCUCGCACUUUCUCAUCGGAACCACAGCGACAGCCUUGCCCGACCCAGACGUCUCCACCGUUCCUGUUAACCGGCUAACCCACUAUCAGCAGCUCCAGCAGCACGUCCAGCAGUUUUGGGUCCGUUGGCGAGACGAGUAUUUGGCCGAGCUUCAGCGAGAUUCCAGGCACCGUAGCAGAAACGACGAAAUCACUCCGGGACGAAUGGUCAUCGUAGUAGACGAGUUGCAGGCCCCCCUCAGGUGGCCACUUGCGAGAAUCACAGCAGUCCGACCAGGAAAAGACAACAUCGUCCGGGUUGUCUCACUUCGCACAGCAAAGGGAAUCAUCACACGACCAGUCACCAAAAUCUGCUUGCUGCCGUUCUCCGAUGCCACCACCGACGCAGAAGGAUGUCCAGCAACCAGCAACCCACCAGCGAAAGAGUUAGCAGCGAAUUUAGUGUAG